CUGCGCACUCGCUACCUGCCGUACCGUCAUUAGCCGUGAUUGCUCAGGUAACGGAGAAGGAUUCUCUCCCGGCUCUCGGUGUUUUGCUUUCUACAUAGAUUUACGCAGAAACCGGAUAUUUUAUCGUGCAUGGUCGAUGCGAUUUUGAACAGUGAUUGCAUUUCCGAAGAAAGUAACACGGUGGAUCGAGCGUACGGUAAACAGUGCCAUAAUAUUGUAAGCAACUGUGUAAGCAUUUUUAAUUCGAGGUGUGUUCGAAGCGUUUGUGUGUACGAAGCUCGGCUUCGUAGGUAUUUGUUUGCUAGGUUUGAUACGCAUCAACCCAACCCGUACUAGUGUAGCGUUUCUGCUGUUGAUAGUGUUGUUUCGUUUUGGGUAAGUAGGAGCGACAAUUUGUCGUCGUAGUCACCAGCGCAGCGACGUCGUCGUCUGUUUCGCAGCUGGAAUUUUAGAGCGAUAAGUCGGAAUACCGCAGGGGUUUUCGACAACAUUCAGUACAAAUCAUGGCUUUCUUCUUCAACUUUGUGGCCUGCUGUACGAUCAUUUACUUUCUGGUGCAGUUCAUCCUCUGGCUAGUACUGGAUGCGGAUAUUGAACUCUUCAUACUGUCCAAAUUAGGAAAACCAAUAUCCUCGCUGAAGGGAAAAGUGGUUUGGAUCACGGGAGCCUCCAGUGGCAUUGGACGAGAUUUGGCAAUCGCACUAGCAAGAAAUGGCGUUCGAUUGUGCUUAUCGUCUCGUAACAUAUCGGAGCUGCUUAAGGUCAAACAAGACUGCAUAGCGCAAUCGAAUGGCAUGCUCGGGCCGAAUGAUGUUUAUGUUCUGCAGAUGGACAUGCUGGAUAUAAAUCAUCACAAUGAUUACUUCAACAUGGUGAUCGACCAUUUCAAGACACUGGAUAUCCUAGUGAACAACGCGGGUCGCUCGCAACGCGCCGACUGGAACGCUAUCAAUAUAAAGGUAGACCGAGAGCUGUUCGAGUUGGAUGUAUUUGCAGUGGUGCAUUUGUCGCGCAUCGCUUUGAACUUUUUCGUGCGUAAUUCGAUCAAGGGUCAUCUGGCUGUGACUAGCAGCACGGCGGGCUUGAUUGGGGCACCAAACUCCGCCAGCUAUACAGGAGCUAAGCAUGCAUUACAUGGUUACUUCGAAACACUUCGGAAUGAAACCUUCGAGGUUAAUAUUACAAUCUUUUGUCCAGGACCAACGGCAACCAAUUUCCUACAGGAAUGUUUCACCGAUACUCCUGGAACGAAAUACAACCAGGCAGUUCGCCCGGAGGAUAAACGCAUGACCAGCGAACGGUGUGGCUAUCUGUAUGCGAUCGCACUGGCAAACAAAACCCAUCUCAGCUGGGUCGGUAAUUUUCCCAUUAACGCCAUUCUGUACAUCGGUUGCUACUAUCCGAACGUCAAGAGAUUGCUGCUGAAAAUUGUGGGCAUGCGGCGUCUGCGACAGGUGCGAGAUAGUCGAUGAGUGAAAUCAUUCUGCGUGCUUAGUUCGUUGAUUUACACUAAAACCACUUACGCUAGCAAGUUCUAUUUACAAUACAGAUCCGAUUUUGUUAAUUGAUUGCACAAACGCAACGUUCGAAGUUGUAUAAAACAACAACGUACAUUGUACAUUGCAUUUUUUGCACUGAUUUUUUCCUACGAUUAGUCAAUUGUUAAUAUUCUUUAGAAAAUUGUUAAUUUAUCAUUCAUAAUUAGCAGUAUCGAUUUCGAAAGCUCAUCAAUUAAUACGCUGAACAAUGCAAUGCCAUAACAUACGUAUCAUUCCAAUUGCAUGCCAUUUCGGUUAGAAGAGUAAGUUUCGACAGGCACAGUCGGAUCCGAAUCUGUAGCAAGAAACCACGUUGCACACAAUACCAAACGCUUCGAAACUUUCCAAAGGGAAGCUAUAGACGAGCUGCCAGCUGAAUACAAAUUGUUCAAUACUCGACAAA